AUGGAGGGCCUGGGCGUGGCCGCAAACGUCAUCGCUGUGAUCGACCUCACCGCGAAAGCCACUUCAGCGUGCGCCGCGUACCUGAAAGCCGUCAAGAAUGCCAAGACCGACAUCGAACGCCUGCAGAGCGAGCUCAGAAACCUCGAUGCCAUCCUCCAUGGCGCAGCGAGGCUUGUGAAAGGCCACGAUGGUAGCAAGCUUCAGACGAUGGGACAACUGAAAGGAGCGCUUUCUGAUGCUUCAUCUCAGCUACAACAGCUGAUCGUCAAGCUGGAGGAUAAACAGGGAAAGACUCGCAAGGCUAUGAGCCACUUUGGAUUUCGCGCCUUGAAGUGGCCAUUUGAAAGCGCUGAAGUCGCCAGCAUCAUCCAGGACAUGGAAAGGAAUCGGAGUAACAUCUCGGCGGCCUUGGUCAUUGAUAACACUGCCCUUCAGGUUGAGACUCACUCCACUGUACAGGAAAUCAGCUCUAAUGUUCAACACAUCAACCGCAUUCUCGACAUGUCCAAGAUUCCCGUGGCAAAAGGCGCGGCUUUUGACUCUCACACGAACGAACACGAUCCAAAGUGCCUCCCCAAUACACGAGUUGAGCUCCAACAAACCAUCACAGCAUGGGCAGAGGACACUCGCAGUGACACCAUAUUCUGGCUCAACGGCAUGGCGGGGACAGGCAAGUCCACCAUCUCACGAACCAUUGCCCACUCGUUUGCCCAGAAAAAGAUGCUUGGCGCGAGCUUCUUCUUCAAGAGAGGUGAACGAGAUCGAGGCACUGCGUCUCGUCUGUUCACAACCAUUGCCGCUCAGCUCAUCAACCGACUGCCUGAGAUUGGACCGUUGGUUAUCAAGGCGGUUGAGAAUGAGCCGGAUCUCCCAAACAAGUUUAUUCAAGAGCAGUUUGAAAAGCUCAUAUUGAACCCGCUUCAUGGGGUAUCUGCCUCGGGGGUUCUCGUCCUUGUCAUCGACGCGCUCGACGAAUGUGAUCGGGUUGCUGAUGUCCGGCUCAUCGUCAACAUCUUGGCACGCCUCAAGUCUCUCAACAGGAUCAAAUUGAAAGCUUUUGUGACAAGUCGGCCCGAGCUACCGAUUCGUCUUGGCUUCAACACUAUCCAGGGCGAGUACAAAGAUCUUGUCCUCCACGAGAUACCCAAACCAGUCAUAGAGCACGAUAUUUCCGAGUUCCUUCAUCACCAACUUGAGCAAGCCAGACUCGAGUAUAAUUCUCAAUCGGAUCCGAACGACCAACUCGGCCCCGACUGGCCGGGUACACAGACGACGGAUGCACUCAUCCAAAUGGCCGUUCCGCUCUUCAUUUUCGCCGCCACCAUGUGUCGGUUCAUUCAAGACCCGUUGUACGAUCCUGUGACCCAACUCGAAAAGGUUCUCAAAUACAAAUCUUCAGCUCAGGAUUCCGAGAUGGCAAAGCUGGACACAACGUAUCGUCCAACUCUUGACCAACUGCUUGUGGAUCGGACGGGGCGAGCGAGAGAAAGGGUCUUGAAAGACUUUAGAGACGUGGUGGGCACCAUAGUUCUGCUGCAGGAGCCUCUCUCCAUCUCGACACUCUCUUGUCUUGCUGACAUCCCCGAGCGUGUCAUCAGUGGCAUUCUCAGACCCUUACAUUCCGUUCUCAGCGUCCCAAUUUCUCCCCGGGAACCAAUCAGAAUGCUGCACUUGUCUUUCCACGACUUUCUCGUCGACAAGGAGAUGCACGAGACUGAUCCCUUUUGGGUUGACGAUCAAGAAACGCACGAGAGGAUCGUAACCAGAUGCCUGGAUCUGUUGCGCUCUGGGAAGCACCUGAAGCAGGAUAUCUGUGACUUGGGCUUGCCAGGGACCCGGCGUGCAGAUAUUGAACAACGACAAGUAAACUUGAAGCUUCCAGGUGAGGUUCGGUAUGCAUGCCUUUACUGGACUCAUCAUUUGGAAGGAAGCGGUUUAAAGCUCGACGACUCCCAUCCAGCCUUUAGUUUCCUGAAAGACUACUUCCUGUUCUGGCUCGAGGCACUGGCCAUUCUGGGAGAGGUACACAACUGCAGUGCUAUGAUUGCUUCCAUACAGUCUCUCGCCGAUCCAAAGCAUGGAACAGGACUAUCCAACUUCCUACGAGAAGCAACCCGGUUUGUCACUAGGUUAGACACCAUCAUCGACAAGUACCCGCUCCAGAUAUACGCCUCGGGUCUUGUAUUCGCACCGGAAAAGAGCAUUGUUAAGACAGCUUUUCGGAAAUUCAUACCCGAGUGGAUAAGAGAACUGCCUCAAACUCCGCAGAACUGGGAUGCGAGCCUGCGUGUGAUUGAAACCUCAUUGAACAUUGAGAGCGCGAUGUGCUUCCUACCAGACAGUAGAAGCCUCCAGAUAUUUUCCAAAGGUGGAGUUGUUCAAAUCUGGGAUACCAUGACGGGGAAACAGCUUGACAGCAUCGAAGCCGAUGGCGAGUAUCAGAUGCGAUUCUCCUUGGAUGGAGAAUGCUCGCUCUCGACAAACCACACCAGCUCUAUCGUGUUUUGGGGCUCGUUGACAGGGGGGUCACAGCAUCGAUCUGAGCAGCGCAUACUGGACAUCGCCUUAUCCCCAGAUGGAAAGGUAGCCGCAUGCACUUUACGGGACGGUAGGGUGCUUGUACUUGACCGCCGAGAGGGUCAAGUGCGACAGAGAUUCUAUGGGCAGGAUGGGGGCUGGAUGCGGAGAACCAAUACUGCCCUGUCUCGGGACAGACUUGCUAUCGCUGGGAACAUGAAGAUGCAGCUAUGGGAUCUCAACUCUGAAGGAGAACCCUUGGACUUCCAAGUCGACCCUUCUAUCUCAGGUGUCUGCUUCUCCCCGGAUGGUAGACUUAUUGCCUAUGCCCACGGGAGCCGGGCUGCAGUGCACGAUGCCAGGACUGGCAAGUUGCUUCAAACACUUGGACCCUGCACUGAGGACAUCUCUGUGAUCGCGUUUGCACCGGAUGGCCGACAUCUUGCAUUAGCUUCGGGUAGAAGGAUACAUCUCUGGCACCACGCCCCGGACAAAGAGGUAAACCGGUUCAAGCAUCCCUACAGAGUUGGAAACAUGGCCUUCUCCCCUGAUGGUGGCUUACUCGCAGUCUCUUCGCCACUGGACAACAUGAUCCAGAUUUGGCACCCGACGGCCCAACAUGAUGCGGAUGGCUUCAAAGAGCAUGAUGGCGGCCAUAUCGCGCAACUUGCGCUCUCGCGGGACAGAGAGCAAGUCGCUGCCCUCUUGGAGGACAACAGUGUUCAAAUAUGGGAUAUCGACACUGCACGGAGCAUCAAGACCAUUGCGUAUCCUGUGUAUGACGGAAUCAUCAUUAACAAAGAAGAAAAGUCCGCUGUACACCCAGCGAGUGAUGUUGUUAUCCAAGUGUCAUUCUCCCAGACACAGCAGCAGAACCUUGUGUGGGCAGUUUCUCGUAUGGGUAUCACCUCCAUGUCGGAGGAGAAAUCCUUCACCGACCACCUCUACAACAAACAAGACGGGCUCGCGUACAAGGCGGUAUUCUCUCCCGAUGGCAACAUGGUUGCCUUGUCGUACCCGUACAAAAUCAGGAUUUGGGACCUCUUGGCAAGGAAAACUCGGCACACGCUCACGGCUGAGAAAAUGAAUAACGUUGCUUUUGGCUUCUCGCCAGACAGCAAGGUGCUUGUAUCCAUGAUAGCAAGCGAAGACGUCAUAAUCUGGGAUUUGACAUCUGGGCGCAUCAAGCAGUCGCUGAGUGUUAGACAUGACGGCCAGGAACGUCAUUCAGUUGUUGCACUCUCGCUUCACGACUCCACCCUGGCUCUGGCACGGUCGUCAGGGGCGGAUUUCUGGGAUAUAAAUACUGGAGCUUGUCUGAGCACCAUCCGCGUCGAUGGCUCGCUUUCCUGUAUUUCUUUCGACACUACUGGGACUCGUCUUGUCACGGAGCGGGGAGACAUCAAACUGCCGCCACUGCACUGCCAUGAUUCCGACGAAGCGGUGCCUUUUGUAGGCUUUGAGGGAUAUGGAUUGACUGGAGACUUUACAUGGCUUACGUGGAAGUCGAGGCCCAUUAUAUGGUUACCACCCAGCUAUCGACCCUCUUUUCGCACACAGAGAGUAGGAUUCUUCAUCGGUUCAACCGUCAUUCUUGGAACCGUGUCAGGAUCUAUAUCUAUUUUCAAGUUUGCUGAGACACCGCCAUGGGAAACUCAAGAGAGACCUGGUUCGCAGAGUCCUUCAGGGUAG